AUGGGGCCCGCUACGAUUCCGAUGGAUAUCCCUGCCAUCAAUAAUAAGGCGGGAAAGAGAUGCAUCUCUGGCGAAGACGCGUCGAUGCUGCCAGCGCGAAAAAGGCACCGGGCCGAAGGCGAUGGAGUGGAUGCCCUCAGUCGCGCAACUUCAUUCUCUCAUAGCAAAUUUAGACACGAGGAUUAUACUGUUGGCUGGGUCGCUGCUCUCCCUAUCGAGCUCGCCGCAGCCUCAGCGAUGCUCGAAAACAGGCACCCGCCUCUCCCCACUGUGCAAGGCGACAGUAAUUACUAUACGUACGGGAAUAUUGGAGCUCACAAUAUCGUUAUUGCGUGCUUGCCGUCAGGCCACUACGGCACGAUUAAUGCGGCAGUGGUUGCGAAUAAUAUGGCUAGAUCCUUUCCUUCUAUCUCGAUCAGGCUCAUGGUUGGUAUUGGGGGCGGUGUUCCCAAGUUCGAUAAUCACGGCGUUCCCGAGUCGGAUAUUCGUCUUGGAGACGUGGUCGUCGGCCAUGAUGUACUUCAGUACGACUUUGGCAAGACUGUACGCGGAGGUGACUUCACUUGCACAAGCCACCUUGUCAGACCUCCGCAACAAAUCUCGAAAGCCCUCUCCAAGCUUCGAGCAGAGAAUGAGCAGGCCUCAACCCGAAUACCUUCCAUUCUUGCGGAGAUGCUUCGCCAGAACCAAGAUAUGAUCAAUUACGGCUACCCCAGCCAAUCCCAGGAUCGCUUAUUUGACACAAAUUACGAGCACAGCGACGAAACGCAAGACUGUGACCAGUGUGAUCAAUCUAGGCUUAUAUAUCGACCCUCACGGCGAAAUAACGAGGUUCGUAUCCACUACGGUACGAUAGCCUCAGGAAACCAGGUUGUGAAGCAUGCUGCGUCACGAGACAGUUGGGCUAACCGAAACAACAUCCUGUGCUUUGAGAUGGAGGCAGCAGGGCUCACCGACCAUUUCCCAUGCCUGGUUAUUCGAGGGAUUUGCGACUACUGCGAUUCACACAAGAACAAAGCCUGGCAGCAGUAUGCCGCGGCAACAGCAGCGGCAUAUGCAAAAGAACUGCUUCAAUCGAUCCACCCUGCUUCAGAACCGAUGUCCCGGACCAUCGCGCUUGAUGAUAAUUCAAUCAACUCAGAGCUUCAACAAGGUUCAAUAUUAGACCCCGACGAGGAAAUUCGAAAAGCUCGAAAAAGAAGGAUGGAGUCACUGAAAUUCGAAUACAUUGAUAACCGACGGAUGAAUAUAAAGAGGGCACAUUUAAAAACCUGCAGAUGGAUGCUGAAGAAGGAAGAAUAUCUUGACUGGUUGGAUGAAACGAAAAUUCGUGAACAUGGCGGCUUCCUGUGGAUCAAAGGCAAGCCAGGGGCCGGAAAAUCGACAAUGAUGAAGUUUAUCUCCGAUGCUUCACAAAAGAAAAGAGCUCAUCAUACAACUCUUGAUUUCUUUUUCAAUGCUCGUGGUCACGGCCUAGAGAAAUCAACCACCGGAUUAUAUCAGUCUAUCCUGUUUCAACUACUUACAGAAUUCCCUGCCCUCCAAGAUGUUCUGGAUUGUUCGAGACUGUUUGCCAAUGAGACGCCUCGUCAUUGGACGAACGAUUUAUUGAAAGAAUUGAUCGAGCGGGUGAUUGAAAAGCUUACAUCUUCUGUGAUCUGCUACAUUGAUGCACUUGAUGAAUGUCAAGAUGAUCAGAUACGAGACAUGAUUCGUUUUUUCGAACGCCUCGGUCAGCUAGCAAUAUCUACAGGUGUUGGAUUUUACAUAUGCUUUUCAAGUCGCCAUUAUCCCCAUAUCUCCAUGAGAGAAGGUCUCGGACUGGAAAUCACCCUCGAGAAGCAGCAGCACCACGGCGACGAUAUUCGUCAGUAUGUCGAUAGGGAGUUGGUAAUUGGACAUGGUAAGCUCGCGGAUGAAAUUAAGAACGAGCUGCUAGAAAAAGCAUCAGGGGUGUUUAUGUGGGCUGUGCUUGUCGUCAAGAUCCUCAACGAGGAACGAGACCGUGGGCGUAUACACAAACUACGCCAAAAGCUGCGGGAAAUACCAAAGGACUUGCACGAACUUUUUCGGAGCAUCUUAUCUCAAGAUCACAACAACAAAGAGGAAUUACUUCUUUGUUUUCAAUGGAUUUUGUUCUCGAGACGACCACUGACAUUGCUAGAGCUUCAUGUGGCAAUCCUUUCUCAAACUUAUGAUCCUACUCAACUGGAUCCUGAAUACUUGACAGAGGAGAAUUCCAAAAUUUUCCUCCUUGAAAAUUCCAGGGGGCUCGCCGAAGUGGCAAACUCCAAAAGCCCAGCUGUUCAGCUCAUUCACGAGUCUGUCAAGGACUUCCUUCUCAAAGACAAUGGUCUGCGAAGCUUAUUCAAUGAUUUGAACGACAAUUUUCCUGGACAGAGUCACAUCCAGCUUAGAGAUUGCUGCCACCUUUACAUCAAGAAUGACAUCUCUUUGCGGGAUUACACUUGUCGGGAGGGGCAAGGAUACUAUAACGAAAAGCUGAAAAAAACAUUCCCGUUUUUGGAAUAUGCCACGAAUAACCUCUUGUUUCAUGCAAAUGCAGCAGGGUCAUCUGGAAUUAGCCAAAUUGAUUUUCUGAAUGACUUUGAUCACUACACAUGGAUUAGUCUCCGCAAUCAAUUCCACUCGCGACACUAUGACCAUGAGGUAGAUCUUCUUUACAUUCUAGCUGCAGACAAUGCUCCAUCACUUGUUGAAGAAUGGAUUUCACCUGCAAAUUGCGUCAAAAGGGGACCUGGAAGUUAUGGUUGCCCCUUACUGGCAGCAAUUGUCCACGGACAUCGAAGAGUGGUAGAAGUAUUUCGUGAUAAUAUUGUUGGCACUCUCCCCAUGGACGAUCUCGCCGGAUACGAGGAACGCUAUCGUGGGGAUAACACCAAUAUGUCCACGCUAAAUUCUUGUUUUACCUUCGCGUCAUCGAAUAGAUCUCUCAUAUCAUUUCUUGCCGAAUAUGGCGAUCUGGACCUCUUCCUUACUCUUUACCACAGGCAAGAUCGUCUCCAGCUGCCGUCGGCGCCACAAAGAUCUGGCUACUCUCAUGCUCAUGGCGAAUCUCCCUUUCUCUGUGCAGUGCGAAAUUCUCAUUGGGAAAUUGCAAGAAUUUUGUUAGCGGAUGGUCAAAUCGACCUCAGUACUUGGAAUUCCUAUGACCGAACCCGUUUGGACUUUGCUAUCAGUAAGGGCAGACCCGAUUCUAUAGAUCGGCUACUGGCUACUGGCCAAUUUAAAAGUCACCUGUCGCUUUCACUUGCUGCAUCGUACGGCAAACUUCAUUUUGUACAGGCUGCGCUAGGUGCCAAUGACGUGAAUCCUGAUCUGAAGGAUUUUGAUGGCAGAACACCGCUUGUAGAGGCUGCUUCAAAGGGCCAUUACGAAAUUGUUCAAGCUCUUCUAGCAUCUGGAAGGGUUUGUCCGGAUUCUAAAGACAACUCCGGCCAGACCGCCUUAUCACAUGCGGUCAGAAAUGGUCACCUGGAAGUCGUGCAGCUUCUUCUCGCGACAAAACAGACUUGGCCGGACUUCAAAGACAUAUACGGCGAGACCCCCUUAUCAUACGCGAGCGAAAAUGGUCACCUGGAAAUUGUGCAGCUUCUUCUCGCGACAAAACACGUUUGCCCGGACUCCAAGAGUAAAUCCGGCGGGACCGCCUUAUCACAUGCGGUCAGAAAUGGUCACCUGGAAAUUGCGCAGCUUCUUCUCGCGACAAAACAGACUUGCCCAGACUUUAAAGACAAAUACGGAGGGACCCCCUUAUUAUAUGCGAGCAAAAAUGGUCACCUGGAAGUCGUGCAGCUUCUUCUCGCGACAAAACAGACUUGGCCGGACUUCAAAGACAAAUACGGCGGGACCCCCUUAUUAUAUGCGAGCAAAAAUGGUCACCUGGAAAUUGUGCAGCUUCUUCUUGCGAUAAAACAGACUUGGCCGGACUCCAAAGAUAAAUACGGCGGGUCCCCCUUAUCAUAUGCGAGCGAAAAUGGUCACCUGGAAAUUGUGCGGCUUCUUCUCGCGAUAGAACAAGUCUGCCCGGAUUCUAAAGACCAUGAUGAUCGGACCCCCCUAUACUGGGCGGCUGGAGGGGGUCACUUGGAAGUUGUCAAGAUUCUUCUAGCAACUGGUCAGGUCGAUCCUAAUUCGAAAUGUACGUUUGGUACGGUGCUGGAACAUGCGAUCGACCAGGAUCAAGCGCAUAUAGUUUCUUUCCUCUUGAAAAUAGAUCAGGUCGAUCCGAAUUCAAGAGAUAAAAAUGGCUACACUCCACUUAUGUUGGCUGCGAUGAAGCGGUUUGUUCACAAGCCAAUGAAGGUCCUGAGAGUUAUACUCAAAUCAGCUCGAGUUGACCGUGAUGCGCAAACAGAUGACGGCGACACUGCAUUGUCUCUAGCUAGAAGUUCCGAGAAUGGAGAGGCUUUUGAGUCUAUUUGUCGAGAACUAGGGUAUGUCACUUGA